UCAGUAGUAGCUACAAGAAAUCCGAGCGAGUCACACUGACCACGCGCGCUCCUCUUCUGAGCGCGGCUGCCAAACUUGAAACGUUCGUGCUGUUUUUUUUGCUUUCUUUCUCGUUGCAGGACGUCUCACCGCCCGUUUCUUUUCGCACAAUGUGUUGGCAAAAGGAUUAAAGUCACUAUUACGGACGUCAAAUCCUCGCGGGAAUUAAUUCGGGUUUGUUGUUUGUCUCUGGAAGAACAGAGGACUUUUUCCUACUAUAUAUAGCAUUUAAAGUGAUUAUUAAACAAAUUUCAUUCAUGAUCAAAAGUUUCGAAACUGUAUUACACUAAUUAUUCUGCCAUUUUACUGUAUCAUUGUUGUUAUUUUGAGCGCGCGCUCUCAAACUAAUACUUAACUCAGUAUGACGCGUCUCACCACAGGUUUAACACACGAAUCGCGGUGCAUUACUGUUUUUAGCAAAAGACAGUGACCGUGCUCAGUUCCUAAUGCCUGAUGUGAAAUCCCCGUGUGGCUUUGAGGUGUCUGAGAAUGAGCACGGAUCUGGAGCGCGCUUCUCUCAAGUCGGGCGCGAACUCGCUGGGCUCCGGUGGCCGCGCGCUCUCUGUUAACGUCAAGAAGUUGCACAACGCGCUCAACGUGCUGCUUAACGACUUCGAAAGGGAGCAGUUCAUCCACUGCCUCAACAUUUACCACGCCAAGCGCAAUGUAUUCGAUCUCGUGCAGACUCUCAAAGUCAUUCUCAACACACCCAACAAGCGUCAACUCUUACCCAUGCUACGCCUGGUCAUACCUCGCUCGGACCAGCUGCUGUUCGACCAGUACACGUCGGAAGGGCUUUAUCUAAAAACGGAUCUGCUGACAGGCAGUGUCAAGCAUGAGUGCUCGGAAGACAGCAGCAGCAGCACAAACGCGCAUGCAGGAGCAUCCUCGGUGCGCUUUCUGCGCGAGUCCGAGCAGGCCGGUCCCAGUCACGGAUCUGUGCGCGCGGCUCCUGUUUUCAGCACCACAGCUGAGGGGACAGCGCCAGCGCUGAUGCUGGAAGCGCCUGAUGAAAUCCGCCAAGUUACGCUUAAAAGGAGCAAGAGCCACGAAGGCCUGGGAUUCAGCAUACGGGGUGGGUCAGAGCAUGGAGUUGGCAUCUAUGUGUCUUUGGUGGAACCGGGAUCAUCCGCUGAGAGAGAGGGGCUGAGAGUUGGAGACCAGAUCAUGAAAGUCAAUAACAUGGUGUUUGACCGAGUCACUCAUGGAGAGGCAGUCAAGGUGUUGAAAGGUUCUAAGAAACUCUCCAUGUCAGUCUGUUCUAUGGGACGGAUCCCAGGUGGUUAUGUGACCAAUCACGUGUACACAUGGGUGGACCCUCAGGGCCGCAGUGUGUCCCCGCCCCCAGACUUGGUGGACCAGCAUGGCUCAGGAGGAAGACACUCGGACAUCCAGCAACUUGGCCACACACACAUACGGCACGAGGAUGCUGAGAAAAAGGUGAACAUCUCACUGGAUGACGGGCGAUCAUUGGGUCUGAUGAUCCGUGGGGGUGCUGAGUAUGCUCUGGGCAUCUAUAUCACCGGAGUGGACCAAGGCUCUGCUGCAGAGUACAGUGGACUAAAGGUAGGGGAUCAGAUUCUGGAGGUCAAUGGACGUAGUUUCCGGAGCAUUUGUCAUGAUGAGGCCGUGCAAAUCUUGAAGAAUUCCCACCACAUGCUGAUGACCAUAAAGGACGUGGGGCGGCUGCCUCAUGCACGCACUGUGGUGGAUGAGACCAAAUGGAUCCCUAGUGCACAGAUCGCUGAGAGCUCAGCCAAUAGCAACACCCAGAGUGUUCUAUCUGUUGAUGUCGGAGCAGGAAGUUCAGGAAAGUCAGUCUGUUGUAAAGGUGUUGUACCAGCAGUCGGAGUGGUGCGCACAGGAGCGUGGAACUCUCUGGAAGAACAGGCGUUCAUGCUUCUGACAGAAACAGAGAGACAGACCAUGAGCUAUUACAUUCAAGAGUACCAGCGCGCACACAUCGGGGUAGAGCCACUGGCCAUGGCCUUGUUUGAACUGUUCAACACACAUGCCAAGCUGUCCUUGCUGGCUGAGGUGCGGACACUGAUUGCUCCGCAUGACCUGGAGCGAUUCGAUGGGCAGGUGUUACAUCGUGAGAUGGAGGCGUGGAGAGCUCGGCAUGGAGGCCCGGGCCUUCUGCACCCUGAUUCUAUCUGCGUCACCCAUCCAGAGGGCCACAUUCCUUCUGCUGGCCAGCUGACCCCUGCAGUCUCCUGCUACAAGAGUGAGUGCAGGUUGGAUGGGAGUUUGAUGCCACUUGAGAGUCUAAAUUCUCUUCCUGACGUUGCUCUGGAUAAAGUGCAGCCGUCAUCUGAGUCACCCCCCUCGUUCAAGCCUCCCCCUCCACCUAUUCGACAUGCCAGCCCAAAAAUUCAAAGCAAACGACCUUCGUCUAAGCUGUCCCAGACGAACCUGCUCUUUACCGCCCCCUGUAGGCGGCACCAGGAAAACCACACCCAACAUCAUUCGCACUCGCCCUGCUCUACUCACAACUCUCCGUGUACCAUCCACCACACCACUUCCACCUGCUCUGUCCAUCACACUCCUCCACCCUGCUCUCACCAUCACAGCUCUCCACGAUCAUCAUCCUAUCGCGCUAGCCCUUCCUCCGGACCACCGUGUAGAGAUCUGGUUCAGUUUCUGAUGAGCAGGCAUGCAGCGGUGCUCUCCCCACACCCAGAGUCUCCUAAUCGUUCUCAAGAGGGCACUCCAAUGAUCUCUCCUCGCUCCUCUCCGUCCCUUUCGCCUUCACUGCUAAUGCCUGCACCGCCUCCCUGUAGCCCAGAGAAGCUCGAGGGCUCCCCAUCUGCACACAGCUGCGGUGCCAGCCAGAACAGCCCACUACACCCUGAGCCGGAGAUGGCAGAGGAAAGGCCCCAGCCCCAGCUACGAGGAGCCACGCUGUCCCAGCUGUCAGACAGCGGACAGACUCUGAGCGAGGACAGUGGUGUGGAUAUCGCAGAGGCUGGAGGGUUGAGUAAGGACAGCAGCCCGCGACCAGGUAAACCUCCCUUCCUGCAGGUCAUAGGUGACACACGCAGAGCGGAAGGACUCGCACAGGCCUCCACAAAACAGAUGGGAAUAAUGGAGCCUACACUGGUACGGGUGCCCAAGUGUGCCAGUACACUGGGUAUUGCUGUUGAAGGGGGUGCCAACACCAGACAGCCUCUGCCACGCAUUGCAACCAUACAGAAGGGGGGCUCUGUGCAUAUCUGUGGGCAGUUACGGGUGGGUCAGGUGAUUCUGGAGGUGAAUGGCGUGUCACUUAAAGGAAUGGAGCACCGGGAUGCGACUCAAGUCAUUGCGGAGGCUUUUAAGACCAAAGACAAAGACCAUGUCGACUUUUUGAUCGCCGAGUUCAACUCUGCUCUGUAGAAGUUGUCCCUCGAGAGUUUCACUUGAUGGCACUGCAAAGAUCUGGCACUUUACGUCACAUCCGCACAGAGGGGCCGAAUGAGUCAUGCUUGUCAUAUCUGAGUCACAAUUAGCUUAGACUUCAAAAGCUUCAACACACCCACCUUACGUCUGUGUUCUUGCGACCAGCCAUCACACGCGUACUGUAUUAACACGGUAUGUUCCAGUGGAUGAUCUGCUGAGCCAAAACUGAUGGUGAAAUGUUUGACAGGACAAAAUCAGGGUUUUGUCAAGUCUGUCAAAUCUGUGCCACCUUGUAUAUGAUCUGUUCAUUAAAGUUUAUAUACACACACACUACCUUUAAAGUUUGAGGUCAGUAAGUUUUUUAAUGUUUUUGAAAGAAGUCUCUUGCACUCACCAAGAAUGCAUUUAUUAGAACAAAAAUACUGUAAAAACCGUAAUAUUGUGAAAUAUUAUUACAAUUUAAAAUAACUUUUAUAUUUUAAUAUAUUUCAAAUUGUAAUUUAUUUAUUCCUUUAAUUAAUUUAUUUCUGUGAUAACAAAUCUGAAUUUUCAGCAGCCAUCACUUCAGUCUUCAGUGUCACAUGAUCCUUCAGAAAUCAUUUUAAUAUGCUGAUUUGGUGCUCAAGAAACAUAUUUCUUAUUAUAAUUAAUGUUGAAAAAAGUUGUUCUGCUUAAUAUUUGUGUAAAUAAUAGUAUAAAUUAGAAAAUAAUAUAAUAAUUACUGACCCAAAACUUUUGAAUGGUAGCGUGUGUAUAUCAUCAAAGUCAUUCAUUAAUUCCAAUUCAUAUGUUUUGUUGAUAAUACUAGCAUAAUUGCUAAUACAAUAAUUAAGUUUUCUUCCAUAUAUAUAUAUAUAUAUAUAUAUAUAUAUAUAUAUAUAUAUAUAUAUAGCCUAUAUUGGUUGUGUUACUCUUAAUUCUGAAGGUCUUUCAUAUAUUUUAUGAUGAGAGGAACUGAAUUCAGUAGUGAAGUAGUGAAGCAGAAUGAUAUUAAUACACUACUGAGUGAUAUUAAUACACUACUGCUACUGGAGCAUCAGAAUCAUUCCUGACAGAUAAAGUGAGCAAGGAGGAGGAUGCUAGAGUUAUCUCAUUGUUUUCGCUUUUGCUUUCUUUAAAAAAAUAUUUCUUUCUCUCUCACACACACAAACAUUCACCCUGUUUAUUUAGUCCUCUCUUAUGUCAGUGUGCUUACUUCAGAGAUGGGUUAUAAAGAGGUAUAAUGAAGAUUUGUAUAGCAGUAUUUUUUGAAGCGAUCAGAUGUUCGGUGUUUCAAUUAUAUGUAAAUGCAUGGCUCCUGAUUAUGCAACAUACAGAGAGUUAUUGUACAUAGGUAAAAUAAUGUAAAGCUGUAUAUAUUUUAUUUAUGUAAUAUAUAUUUUUUGCACAUACUGUUGAUAUAAUGUUUUCAAUGACUACAUCAAAAACAUAAAAACCCUCAAAUAUGAAACCAAAACAUCAUCACUUAGUAUAGAAACAUAUAAACAUAUUAGUCUUUCAACCCCAAAGGAUGUUCUCUUUCCUUCAGAUGUUUUAUUCAUACACCACAAACCGUUAUGCAGAUAGUCUGUCUUUAAGUUUAUAAAGAUCUUCUUUUUAUUUAUGCGUUGCUUGUCAUUUGUUGUACUUUGCUAUGUGAAACACAUGAUAUUGUAACUUUACAGGAACUGUAAUAUCUUAGGCUAAUUACAGAGCAACACCUUAUAGAGACAGUACAGGGUAUCAAUAUUAUGCCUGAAAUAUUUAUGAUUUAUGCCAAACUGGAAAAGAGACUUAAAUAAAUAUUUAAAGACUGAA